UCGCGCGGGCCUUUCCUCUUCCGGCGCGCGAGGCGCAAGCUCCUGCCGACGUGUUCUUCCGGUUGCGAGCGGUGGCUCAGCCUGUGCGGGCGAAAUGGAGCUCGAGGCCAUGAGCAGAUACACCAGCCCCGUCAACCCGGCUGUCUUCCCUCAUCUGACCGUGGUGCUCCUGGCCAUUGGCAUGUUCUUCACUGCCUGGUUCUUCGUCUACGAGGUCACCUCCACCAAGUACACGCGGGACAUCUACAAAGAGCUCCUCAUCUCCCUGGUGGCCUCGCUCUUCAUGGGCUUUGGUGUCCUCUUCCUCCUGCUCUGGGUUGGAAUCUACGUAUGAGUGGGUACCCUGGGUGGCUUCACCGAACCCCUGCUUCUGUAAAUUAACUUUUUUACUGUUAGAAUCUCCCGCCUGCUGCUCACAAUAAAGGCAGGUGUCACAGUCC